AUGACUUUGUAUUCGAACCUUGAUAAGGCUGAUGUUGAGAGCGUUACAAAUUGGUUUACUUCAUUUUUGGCUAACCCAAAUCCUUUGGCUUCGCUUAGUCCAACAUCUAAACUUAACCUAGUGAAUUCUCUUCUCGAAGACCUUGCCGAAAAUGGUGCUCAAAAAGAAUGGAAUGAGAAAGCACGAUUAUUGGCUUUGCAAACGUUAAAAACUCUGGGGCGUGAUCCAAUUGGAUGUGAUCUCCUUUUCUCUGAUUCGGGGUUUCACACUCUUAUGGCUCAUGCUCAUAUCCUUCAAAAUUCCGAAAGAUUAGUUGACACUCCGGUCUCGCAAGAAGCAUUAAUAUGCAUUGCAAAUUCUCUUCUUAUAAAAGAAGACACGCGUGGCUUGUUCGAAAAGCACAAAGGUGUGUCGAGCUCUACCUGUCGACUUAGGCAAGAAGUUCUUUCGAUAAAUUCACAAUUUCUUUUUUCUCGUAUUCUCUUUCUUAUGACGGUAAAACCAUGUAUUUCUGUUAAACGGUUGAUUGAUGAACUUGAUAUAAUUGAUCUUUUGACCAAAACUAUAUCAACUCAUGUCAACGAAUUAUCUUCUCCAGAUUCAAACCGAGAAUCCACCGCACCAUUCACACGAGAAAGUGUGUUAAAUGAACAGCUGAAAUUACUUUUUAAUUUAAUGCUGAACGAACCUAAACUAGAUCGUGAUGGUGAUGGUGAGAAGAGCAAAGAACCCGUUACCACCUCAAAAUUCAUCAAAUUACUCUAUCCAAUCACUCAAAUACUAAUAAAAAUUGCGCCGCCCUCGCCUUUGCCACUCGCACCGCCAUACUCUCAUGCGAUUCAUGCGCUUUUAAAUUUUCCAAUCGAACAAUACAAAUCAAUUUGGUUUCCGCCUGAACCGGAAAAUGAACAAUAUGCGUUAAUUGAAAUAUUGUUAGAUAUUUUACAAACCAUGAUCUUUAUCGCCAUAAAGGGUGACCCUGAUUCCAAUACUGACCGUCAAUCCAAUUAUGGUGUGGACUUUGACGAGGUGAUAACACCUUUGGUAGCGUUAUUGAAAAAGCUUUCCGAAGAAGACCAAACGACGAAAACCAAAAUAAAAAAUAAACUAUUGCCCGAUGACAUUGAUCGUUCUAAGCCACUAGAAAAGGGAGAAACAUUAUCUGCACGGCUUAUUAGAUUAAUGACAUCAGUCAUGUUUCCUAACUUACGUGAUAACGUCAGCGAAUUACUAUUUACAAUUUGUGAUGAAGAUGCACACCUCUUCAUUCAUCAUGUUGGUUAUGGAAAUGCAGCGGGUUUUCUCAUGAAGCGAAAUAUCCUAAUACCACCUACCAGUUCUAGCAAUUUAUCAAGCAAAACAGGUGAAGCAAUUAACCCCAUCACCGGACAAUAUUACCAAGAGAAUCCACCGUCACUAACCGAUAUGACUGACGAAGAAAAGGAAAGAGAGGCCGAAAGAUUAUUCGUAUUGUUUGAACGUCUCAAAAAAACGGGUGUGAUGUCGGUCGUUAAUCCGGUUGAACAAGCUAUAAAUUCCGGAAAAUUUGAAGAAAUAAACGACGACGAUAAUGUUUCAUAA